UUGAACUUUUGUUUUUAUUAAUUAUACUUCAUCGAUACUUAAAUUUUGUAAAUAUUACCUACUUAUGAGCGUAUUAGAAGUACGCGAGUUAGCGAAUGAUUUAAAUUCUAGAUUAUAAGUAGGCGAUUCGUUUUUUUGCUUAUAAUUAUAUUUGCAGAGGAAAAAGUUCGCUAGUAUAAAAACACAUAUUAAAAAAAAUGUCUUGGAUACCGCUUGAAUCCGACCCAAAGGUUAUGACGAAGUACCUGCACAAACUCGGUGUUCCUACACAAUGGGGGCUGGUAGAUAUGUAUGGCUUGGAUCCAGACCUCCUAGCUAUGUUACCAAAGCCUGUUUUAGCCAUUAUACUUCUCUAUCCUGUUAAUCCAAAGUUAGAGAAUUAUAAGGUAGAAUUAGAGUCAAAAGAAAAGGAAAGUGGUGCUAGUAGUGACAAGCUUUAUCACAUGAUCCAGUAUGUCUCAAAUGCUUGUGGUACUGUAGCAUUAAUUCAUAGUAUUGCAAAUAAUCUUAAUCAAAUUCAGCUGGAAGAUGGAGAGCUGAAAAAGUUCUUAGAAGAUACUAAAGAUUUAAGUUCUUCAGAAAGGGGUGAAAAACUUACUAAGGUUGAAGGUAUUACUAAUGCCCAUGAAAUAUUUGCUCAAGAAGGACAAACUGAGGCUCCUGCAGAGGAUGAAAAAGUGUUGUACCAUUUUAUAGCUUUUGUUGAAAGGGAUGGAUCAAUAUAUGAUCUAGAUGGUAGAAAACCAUUUCCAAUCAAUCAUGGUCCAUCAAGUCCAGUAACUUUUCUUGAUGACGCUGCCCGCGUAUGCCGAGAGUACAUGAAACGCGAUCCAGAUGAAGUACACUUUCAUCUAAUGGCUCUUACCGCGAAUGAAUAAAUAUGUUGGCUUCUCAAGGUGAUAUUUUAUUAUUUUCGCUACAUGUAUUUUUGUAAUCUAUUGCAAUAUCACGUUAAAAUGAUGUAUUUAAUUGAUAAUUUUGUAAAAAGAAAUACAAAAUAAAAUCAUGGCAAAAACCAUUAACGUUGUGUCAUUAUAAUUUAACAAAAUUCAUUAUUUUAAUCUAUUUAACGCUUUUUCUCAGUAAAAAUUAUAAAUAUUUACGC